GUGCUCCAUCAAGAAGAGAAGUGUAUAUCAAGUGGAUCUGGAGUUGACAACAGAUGAGUCGCAGCAGGCAUGCAGGAGCAGAGCGAUCCGUGUAUGACAAGACUUCAACACAACGAUCAGGAUGAUUUCCUGUCACGAUUAUGGAUUUAAUUCGCUAUAAUCAUUUUGAAUUACUUGCAUGCACAAUUCUCAUCUCAUCACUGUUUGUGAUAGAUGGUGCAUCACCUGACCUGCAGCCUCCACCAGAGGACCAGUGCUCUCCAAACCCGUGCCAAAACAAGGCAAUAUGUAGAAUCCGCGGGGACGGCUACUCAUGCUUCUGUGUGCCAGGGUUUCAGGGUGCUCACUGUCAGAUUGACGUGAAUGAGUGUGUUUCACAGCCCUGCAGGAAUGGGGCCACCUGUGUGGACAGAGUGGGCAGCUUCUCCUGUCUGUGUUCUCCUGGGUUCACAGGGGCCACUUGUGAGGUCCAGAUUGAUGAGUGUCAAUCACAGCCAUGUCUCAGUGGCGGCAGUUGCCAUGACUACGCCGGUAGCUUCACUUGCACCUGUCUGCCCGGUUUCCAAGGACACCGAUGCGAAAUCAACUUUGAUGAGUGCCAAGAGCAACCAUGCCAAAACGGGGCUCUGUGUAUAGAUGGGGUGAAUAACUACAGCUGUGACUGCUCUCACACAGCCUUCACUGGCAGACUCUGUGAGACACCACUACCACCGUGCCUCUCUGAACCAUGCUUCAACAGCGCCAUCUGCAAGGACAACCAGGGUAACUACAGCUGUGAAUGCUGGCCAGGGUUUGAGGGACGCCAGUGUGAUAUCGACAUCGAUGAGUGUGGCAGCAACCCCUGCAUGCAUGGAGGCCGCUGCAUUGAGAGGUCGUGGCAGGCUCUGUAUGGCAGCGAGCCUCUGCUGCCUGAACACUAUGACCAACAGCAGGCUGCAGGCUACAUCUGCAGCUGUCCUCUAGGAACUACAGGCUCCCUCUGCCAGGAGGUGAUAAACCAGUGUGACCCCAAUCCCUGCCAGAAUGGGGGCAGGUGUGAGAGUCAUGUUGGGGGCUACAUUUGCCACUGCCUUAAACAGAGUAACGAUGGCGUCCUCUAUGGAGGUGUAAACUGUGAUGUGAGGCUAAUGGGCUGUGAGGGACAUGAAUGCCAGAACCAAGGCUCCUGCUCUCCUUUCCUGUUGGAUGGGAAUCACGGAUACACCUGUUACUGCUCACCUGGGCACACUGGACCCCUCUGUAAUACCCCCACCACCUUCUCCUUUGAGCGCAGAGGCUACCUGCUGCUGCAGAGUCCCCUGGUGGAUGCCGUGGUGUCCUGCAACAUCACCCUCAGCUUCAAGACUGCUCUGCCCAGAGCGUUGUUGUUCCAGCGGAACAGCAGGGGGAUGCUGCUGAGCCUAGAGCUGGACGAAGGGCAGCUUCGUCUCACACUGAGGAAGGAGGCUUCUGCUGGGGCUGAAGCAGAAAGCCCAAACCAGGUCCUGGAGCUUCCACACAAUGUCACAGAUGGAGAGUGGCAUUCUGUAGAGGCUGUGCUCGGAAGCUGGAUGCUCAGUCUGACACUCUUGGAUGAUGCUGUGAGCUGUGGGAACCAGUCGUGCCACAAGGUGGCUCCAGUCCAAAGCACCAUGGCCAAGCUGGUGUCGCCUCCUCAAAACACUUUUAUUGGAGGAGUGCUUCAAGACUCAAAUGGCCCCAGUGACGACUCACCACUUCCAGCAUUCAUUGGCUGCAUGCGGGAUGUGUUUGUGGACUGGCAGCUCAUCGUCCCUGAGAAUUGGCUGAGCGACUCUGCUGUUAAUGUGUCCCCUGGCUGCAGCCACAGGGACCGCUGUCUGGACGUGCCUUGCCAAAACAAAGGACAGUGUCUCAACCUGUGGCAGAGCUACCAGUGCCGAUGUCCGAGGCCUUAUGAGGGCCAGGACUGUGAGGAGGAACAUGUGACCACACGCUUUGGGAAUGAGGACUCUCAGAGUUACGCAGCUUUUAUUGUCACCAAUGAUCUGGGUCACAACCUCUCCAUCUCCCUCUUCCUGCGUACACGGAGGCACUAUGGACUCCUCCUGGUGUUAGCCAACAGCAGCAGCCAGUACCUGCACAUGUGGCUGGAGGAUGGCAAGGUCACAGUUCAGCUCAAUAACUUUGAGAGCCUGAAAGCGGAGAGUGCGAUUGAUGACGGGGAAGUCCACUUUGUGAGAGUAGAGGUGGCGGACGAUCGUAUGGCGCUGUAUGUAGCAGCUCAGAAACAGGGCGAUGUGGAAGUCAGGGCAGUCAAUGUCCAAGCAGGAGACACUGUGUAUGUGGGAGGUAUGUUGGAGAGUUGGAUGACUUCAGUGUUUGGUGGAUAUUUUAAAGGCUGUAUUCAGGACCUGAGGAUCAACGACAGGCGGCUGCAGUUCUUUGGGUUGGACACCUCAGUGAGAUCUUUUCCUCUGGAGCUCAUGGAAAAUGUGACUGCUGGAUGCACUGGGGACAAUACCUGCAGUACAAACCCUUGUCUAAAUGGUGGGAUGUGCUACUCCAUGUGGGAUGACUUCACCUGCACCUGCCCUCCAAAGACAGCAGGGCGGCGCUGUGAAGAGGUCAGGUGGUGCGAGCUGUCACCUUGCCCCACAGACUCAGAGUGCAAGAUGCUGAACCAGGGAUAUGAAUGCUAUUCCAAUGCAACUUUCCUGAAUGACAGCACUGUGUUGUCCUACCGGGGAAAUGGCCACAUAUCCCGCAAUCUAACUAACCUCUCCCUAAACCUACGCACACGAAAGCGUAACACAGCUAUACUCCACGCAGAGAAGGGCUCAGAAUUAGUCACACUCUCUGUGCAGGGUGGUUUCGUCUUCAUGGAGCUUCAGAGCACCACUGGAGACAACAGAGAAGAGGAGGAGGAGGGAGAACAGGGUGUGUCUACGGUCAGUAUCAGCAGCAGGACGAGUGUUAGUGAUGGUGAGUGGCACAGCAUCCACCUGUUCAUGGCAGUGCCAUGGGCACAAACCUCCCGGUGGACUUUGGUGCUGGAUGAGGAAAUAGAGGAAGCCAUCACUUCCAGGAGCCAAGGAGGCAACCUGAACUUCCUCAGGCAGGGGGUGGACAUCUUUGUAGGGGGCCUUGCCCCGGAUGCUGGGUGGUCCCUGACUGGAUGCCUGGGCACAGUAGAGCUGGGUGGCAUUGCCCUGCCAUACUCCAGCUCCUCUGAUGUGAACCUCCCACGUGUGCAGGAGGAGCAAUUCAUUCAGACAUCACUGCAACCACCGCUCCUUGGCUGCAGCGGGGCCCCCGUGUGUGAGCCCAACCCCUGCCUGAACGGAGGGGAGUGCCAGGACCUGUUCAACAACUACAACUGCAGCUGUGCCGCAGGCUGGGCCGGGAGACGCUGCAACUUCUUCACUGACACCUGCGCUUCCAGCCCCUGCGUUCACGGCAACUGCAGCGUGAAUGGGCUGACCUACGACUGCACCUGUGAAUUUGGGUAUGCGGGUGUGGACUGUGACGAGGAGGUGGAUAUGUGUGAAAACCACCUGUGUGCCCAUGGAGGCACCUGUCUGCAUGGGCCGGACAGGUACGCCUGCCUCUGCCCUGAGAACUUCACUGGACCCCUUUGCAAUGAACGUGUUGAAGAAAUUCCGUGGUACCUUGUUGUCAGAAAUGUACGGCCUAAACUGCCUGUUUCUGUGUGUGGCGAUGACAACAGAAACUACACCUGCUUCAAUGGAGGCAACUGCACUGACCGAGAGCUGUCCUGCGACUGUCCACCUGGCUUCAUUGGACACCGGUGUGAGCAGGAGGUGGAUGAGUGCAAGUCCAACCCCUGUCUGAACGGAGGCUACUGCCGCAACCUCAUCAACAAGUUCUUCUGCGUGUGUGAAAUGAGCUACGCUGGAGAAACGUGCCAGAUGGACACGGAGCGUGCUCCAUACAGCUCGCGGGUGGUUGCUGUGCUGGCACCUUGUCUGGUUGGCUUGGCGAUAGUGGUGAUGCUGGGGCUGGCACUGGCCGUUGCCAAACUGCGAGAGAGGAGGCAGACGGAGGGAGGUUUCAGUCCGCGGCAACUCGAGGAUCCUGGUGGUCGCAACCCACCUGCUGAGCUGGGAAACACAUCCAUCAGCACUUUGGCAGCUCGUGUGGAGCGCCUGGUGUAGUGUAAAGCAGUGAGGAGAGGAGAAGUGUGUGUGAGAGUGUUUAACCUCUGAGGGUUUGACCUCUGACCUCUUACUGUCCGUCAGUCUGGUGUCCGUGGUCCUGCUGCUGGUUCUCAUCCUCACCUCAGUCAGCCUGGUGAUGACGCUCAAUCGCCGCGCCACCCACGGCACCUACAGUCCCAGCCGGCAGGAGAAGGAGGGAUCACGGGUGGAGAUGUGGAGCAUCACCCAGCCGCCACCUAUGGAGAGACUCAUAUGAGAUGCAGGGACUGUGUUUACAUGCAGGGUAGUAAUGUGGUUAUUGUAGUAAUGAAUGAGCUGAUGCUAGAAAUACACCUGAUGUAUAACUUAAAAAAUAUCUGCAGCCUGCAUGUGAACAUGGUCUUCCCCUCACAGUACCUCCAUUUUAAACUACAGCUGUCUUUCUUCACAUGCUGUAAGACUGUAUGAGAUCUUUCAAUUUUUGUGUUAUUGCAUAUCUCAGUGCUUCAUCCAUCUUCCUGCAACGUUUUGCACCUGGCUUCACUACUCAGCAGUACAUCCAUCUAAAUGCAAAGAUUUAAAUUCAGAACGUAUCGAGUCUGUCACAUUUAUGCGUCUGAUCCAUAUUUUUUAAGGAUUGUUGGACCAUUUGAUCCGGAUUUUGGACACACAUAAAACGUUGUUUUAAAGCCUCAUCUGGAAACGAGCAGAAUGAGUCAGACUGUUCCUCAUGAAAGGAUAAGGAUAGCAUUAUUCUGUAUUUUUCUUAUUGUCAACAAAUUCCAUGAAAUGAUCAAAACCAAACAUGUUAGUCCGUCUCUCAUUGGUUCCUACUGAAGACAUAAAUCUUUAAAAACAGAGGGGAAAAAACGCUCAGUAGUUUCCUUAAACAGUGGGGCACUAUUCUUUUUAGCAAACAUUACUCAAACAGGAGUUAAUAUUGCAUUUGUAGGGGACUAUUUUCAGCUGCGCAUUAAUACACAUUUUGUGCUCAAGUGAUUUACUGUAGCAGGACAGUGGACUGUAUGUGGGAUUGGCUCAAAAUAAACUAUCAAUUCAAUGUUUUGGUCUUUUCAUGGUAUUUGCUGAUAUUAACAAAAAUAUAGAAUAUCACCAGAGCUUAAAAUUCAUGAACUUCCAUCUGUUUGGAUUUAUUGCUGGAAAAAGACUUUCAAAUUGUUUGUGUAUUACAUGUCUACACGCUGAGUCUUGCUGCCAGUUUUGAUUCAUCUUUCAGUGAACAUUUCCACUGGAAAUACUGUAGCGCCUUACUGACAGAAUAAUGUAUUUUAGAGUCAGAUUUCAGGAUAAGUUGCACUUGUCGAGAAUAGUUUUAGUUUUUUUCUAGGCUGACUUGUAAAAACUGUCUUGACUGCAGUGUCAUUUUAAGUGUAUAUAACGUAAUGAUGAUUUUUGUUUAUCAUGUUUUAAACUGUGAAUUUCAUUUCAACUUUUAAUUGUUGGCAACUGUACAUAGACAAUGUGCUGCUUGAUUAAAGUGAAUUUAUUUGUGUUGAUGUAA